GCUGUGGUGAAGCCUUUUCACCAACCUAGCAGAAGAAAGAAGGGUUACAAGCGAAAGGUAGUCGAGGAAGAGUUUUCUAAGAACGCCGUAGGAGUUUUAGAUUCCUGGUAUUUAGACUCUCUUACUUUCAGUUUGUGUCUUUGAAGUGACUUCCGCUUUGCGGCGGACACAGGCCAAACCUGUGGCGGGAGUUGGAGAUUCUGCAGCGAAUACACCAGGAUCAUCAUGCCCAGAGGUCAUGACAUAAAAAAGUCUCUUACACCUCAGAUUUCUUGUUUGACAAGUGAAUCUUAUAAACAGCUGGAUUUUUUGCCUGACAAACUAAGAGCAAAGCUGCUUCCCUUCCAGAAAGAUGGCAUCACUUUUGCCUUGAGAAGAGACGGCAGGUGUAUGGUGGCUGAUGAAAUGGGUCUAGGAAAGACAAUUCAGGCAAUUGGCAUCGCUUACUUCUAUAAGGAGGAAUGGCCACUUUUAAUCGUGGUCCCUUCAUCUCUGAGGUACCCUUGGACAGAAGAAAUAGAGAAAUGGAUCCCAGAGCUGGGUCCAGAAGAAAUCAAUGUUAUCCAGAAUAAAACUGAUGUUGGGAGAAUAUCGACCAGCAAAGUGACAGUUCUGGGUUAUGGUCUUUUAACCACAGAUGCAGAGACUUUGAUAGAUGCACUGAAUAAUCAGAACUUCAAAGUAGUUAUUGUAGAUGAAUCACACUACAUGAAGUCCAGAAAUGCAACUCGCAGCAGGAUUUUAUUGCCAGUAGUACAGAAAGCCAAACGAGCCAUUCUUCUUACAGGAACUCCAGCACUUGGAAGACCUGAAGAGCUUUUUAUGCAGAUUGAAGCUCUCUUUCCACAAAAAUUUGGAACAUGGACCGAGUAUGCCAAAAGAUACUGUAAUGCACAUGUCAGAUAUUUUGGUAAAAGACCUCAGUGGGAUUGCAGAGGGGCCUCAAAUCUUAAUGAACUUCAUCAGCUAUUAAGUGACAUAAUGAUUAGAAGAUUAAAGGCUGAAGUUUUAACCCAGCUGCCCCCUAAAAUCAGACAGCGUAUUCCAUUUGAUCUUCCAGCAGCGGCAGCCAAGGAAUUGAAUUCCAGCUUUGAAGAGUGGGAAAAAUUAAUGAGAACUCCAAAUUCAGGUGCCACCCAGACUGUCGUGGGGUUGUUUACUCGCAUGUUUAAACAAACUGCUAUUGCCAAGGCAGGUGCUGUAAAGGAUUAUAUUAAGAUGAUGCUUCGGAAUGAUUCGCUUAAAUUUCUGGUUUUUGCACAUCAUUUAAGCAUGCUCCAAGCUUGCACAGAAGCCGUCAUAGAAAACAAGACUCGUUACAUUAGGAUUGAUGGAAGUGUCCCAUCUUCAGAAAGAAUACAUCUGGUUAAUCAGUUUCAAAAGGAUCCUGAGACUCGUGUGGCUAUUCUAAGCAUUCAGGCUGCUGGUCAGGGUUUGACAUUUACUGCUGCAAGUCAGGUUGUAUUUGCUGAGUUGUAUUGGGACCCUGGACACAUAAAACAAGCAGAAGACCGUGCUCACCGGAUUGGACAGUGCAGUUCUGUGAAUAUUCACUACCUUAUUGCAAAUGGGACUCUAGACACCCUUAUGUGGGGAAUGUUGAAUCGCAAGGCUCAGGUUACAGGGAGCACACUGAAUGGUAGGAAGGAAAAACUUAAGGCUGAGGAGGGUGAUAAGGAAAAAUGGGAUUUCCUGCAGUUUGCUGAAGCUUGGACUCCAAAUGAAAAGUCUGAAGAGCUCAGGAAUGAAAUGUUGUUCACUCAUUUUGAAAAAGAAAAACAGCAUGAUAUUCGAUCAUUCUUUUUACCAAACCCUAAGAAGAGACAGUUGGUGACCUCCUGUGAUGAAUCAAGGGUAUUCCAGGAGAAAAAUACUGUAGUACCUGCAGACCUUGGAAAAACAGCUACAAGAGAUUAUGAAAGUGAUCUUGAACCUGAAGCUAAAAAAAUGAAAUCAGUCACCACCGAUGACCACUGCAGUCCCCUGGAGGAGAAACCAUCCCAGCCCGGGCAGACCAAAGCUCCGCUCAUGGACAGGGUCUGUGAGGCCAAGGCCCAGGCCACCACUCCACCCCUUCCUGGUGAAGGCUGGCAGUGUGCUCUCUGCACCUAUAUUAAUAACUCAGUGUUACCUUGCUGUGAAAUGUGUGAGAAUCCUCAGGGCAGUGCCGAUAGCCUCCACCACACCCAGUAUAAAAACAGAAACGAGAAAGAUGAUUCUCGGAAAGACACCUCCGAAAAAAUAUGGACUCGUUCUGCCGGGGAAAAACAAGUCCUUGCACAUUCAGCACCUGAACCGUUAGCUGAGAGCCAGGAAGAAGUUUCAAAAACUGAGGGUGAGGACAGACUCACACCCCAGCCAGGUGAUGAACAGUUGAAGAGUACGGACACUUUGCCAGUGUGUGAUACCUUAAUGUUUUGUGCGAGCAAGAACACUGACCGGAUUCACGUCUAUACUAAGGAUGGAAACCAGAUGAACUGUAAUUUCAUUCCUUUGGAUAUAAAAUUAGACCUUUGGGAAGAUUUACCAGCAAGCUUUCAGCUGAAGCAAAAUCGCUCCCUGAUUUUGAGGUUUGUUCGAGAAUGGAGUAGUCUAACUGCUAUGAAGCAAAGGAUAAUCAGGAAAAGUGGGCAGCUGUUCUGCAGCCCAAUUCUUGCUCUGGAAGAGAUCACAAAGCAGCAAACCAAACAAAACAGUACCAGGAGAUACAUAACCAAAGAAGAUGUUGCUGUAGCCUCAGUGGACAAGGUGAAGAAUGAUGGGGGCCAUGUCCGUCUGAUCACAAAGGGGUCCAGGCCAGGGGUCCCUUCUACAAAAGAAUUUUUUGAAGAUGGAGCUUGUGUCCCAUUUCUAAAUCCCAGCACAGCCCAAGCUGAUCUCACUGUGAAACCUUCUACAUCCAAAGGCUAUUUGCAAGCUGUGGAUAAUGAAGGAAAUCCACUUUGCCUUCGCUGUCAGCAACCCACUUGCCACAGUAAGCAAGAGCAUAAAGCAAGUGCUUGGGAUUCACGGUUUUGCUCUCUGAAAUGUCAGGAGGAGUUUUGGAUUCGAUCUAAUAACAGUUACCUGCGGGCCAAAGUAUUUGAAAUUGAACAUGGCGUGUGUCAGCUAUGUAAUCUGAAUGCACAAGAACUCUUUUUACGUCUGAGAGAUGCCCCUAAAAGUCAGAGGAAGAAUCUUCUGGAUCUUACCUGGACCUCAAAGCUCCCAUUAGAACAGCUUAAUGAAAUGAUAAGAAACCCAGGGGAAGGGCAUUUCUGGCAGGUGGACCACAUCAAGCCAGUGUCUGGUGGAGGAGGACAGUGCUCCCUGGACAACCUGCAGACCCUCUGCACAAUCUGUCACAAAGAGAGAACUGCAAGACAAGCCAAGGAAAGAAGUCAGGUGAGAAGACGAUCUCUAGCAUCAAAGCAUGGAUCAGACAUCACAAGAUAUUUAGUAAAGAAAUGAAGUAUCAACAUUUUUGAAUAGAAGAUUAUGGCAAGAUAACACAGGAGUGACAGUGGGUUACUAAGAAUGCCGUUCCCUCAUUAUGUAACACGGACAAAAAUAAAGAGUGUUCUGGGCCAAAAACAGGGCUGAGAAAGAGGAAUGUGAAUAAAUAGCACUGACAAGUCAUUAUUUACUCAAACUGUCAAAUGGCUGAAGAACCUGAGGAAAGCUCUGAUCCACAUUGACACAUCAGUGUGUCACAUCAUGUGACUACGGAGGGAGCCCAGGUCAGCGUCCUGACAAGUGUUUGUAGCGGAGGCCGCUCAAGGAAAGGUAAGUCGCGCAGUGCACACUCCCUCCCCCGUUAUCAGCCAGCGGUAAGACUGGGGCUCCCUGACGCUGGGAACACUGGGCUCCCUCGCGAGACUGCAGCCCAUCCUGUCAGGUGACAGACAGGGUGCAGGUCGCACUGGAGCGCCCAGCCGGGUACCCUCGCUGGAGGCUGUCGUGCCGCCAGGUGGCUGGUUACGAGCCACGGGUCCCUCUCCCAGCAGAGCCACUGCCCCUCAGGGGUCAGAGCAGGGCGUCCAGACUCACCCCGGCUUUCACUGCCCACCACCCCGGCUUCUCCAAGUCCUGCCAGUGUCGCUUGCUGAAUCUCUCACCCCCUCACUACUGCCGUGGUCAAGGCCACUGCCAUCUCGUGCGGGGAUCACCAUGGCGACCACUCUAGCUCCUGAUGGGUGAGUCUCGUCUCACACCUCUGUUCCUCUACUGAAAACCUUCCAGAGCUUCUUUGUUCUCACUCAACAAGCUCUAAACUCCCCAAAGGGGCAUGUGAGGUGCUGAACCGGCCACCGCUUCCCUCUCUGCUCUGGCCACACUGGCAUCGGGGCUAGGGGCCUCUGCAGAUAAGCCUGCAGCCUGGAACGAGCCAGGACUCUUCCCAGGUUCCUGCCUCAGCCCUCCGCCUCGAUAAAGUCUACUCAGCCUUUAACUGUAACUUCCUCCAUGGAGCCGGGUGCCAAGGAGGGGGAAAGGAAUCAAAAGAAAACCACUCGUUUGAUGAGAGGGUAGGAGAUUUCGAAGUCCCUCUCUCGUUGCAUCAUCUCUAUGAACACCGGCUGCUGGACGUGUCGUCACGUGAAAACCAGAGCUUGUAGCCAACAGCUAAGCGGUCAUUCGUCCACAGCUGGGCCACUUAGUACAGCUAAGUACCUGGAGCAUGCUGGGCACUUUUCAGAUAUUAUCUUGUUUAGUUUUUGUAACACCCCAUCUUGCAGAGGAAGAGGUUUGGCGUCUUGUGGCUGAUAAAAGCUGGGAUUUGAUCUCUCCUAAGCCAGGUCUGUGCUUCUGCCAUCAGGCCCAGGGCCUACCAGCAACUAGAGGGGCACAUAUCCAUCUGGAUGUCUUUUGAACGACGCUUUUAGGGGUUGACCUGUGACCCCAGCGCCCGUCCAAAAAAGUAAGAUAUGUUGAAGUCCUAACCCCAGUACUUCAGACCGUGACCUUGUUUGGAAA